AUGAAGCUCUAUGAACUGAGAGGAGAGGUAAAUAAUAUAGCAGCAAGAUUGGAGAAAGAUAUUCUUUCUGGUGAGAAGCCUGCAGCAGGCGGCUUAGAGAGCAUUAGAGACAAUGUAAAAAGGAUAUACGGGGAGGUGUAUCAAAUGGAAGCUGCCUCAGAAUAUCUGAUAAUUGAUAGACAUGCAGUCGGAAUGGACAUAGCACGGGCACUUCUACUGGUUCGCAUACUUGAUCCAAAAAUAGACAUAGACAUUCCUCUAAGUGCAUUACAGCACAACAUAAAGCCAACAAUUUCCCAGCUUUCCUCCAAGGAAAUUCUUGUAGAGGCCAUAUACAUAUAUAUUGUUACAAACCAGCACACGCAGGGAAUGAUAGAAGCCGUACGGAUUCUAAAGAACAAGAUGCUGAUUAAAAAAACAAUCACAAACUGUGAAAGCGCUCUUGACAGGUUUAUACUUGAGAGUGUGGAUAAAAUUGUAGAAACAAAAGUGGAAAACAUUCUUCCAAUAGCGCAGUGCGAAACAGACAAUGACCUAAUAUUGGCACUAAACACAAUACUUGAGGUAAAUAAUCUAAAAUACAUUGAGGAUGUUCUUUUAAAUAACGUAUAUCCAACUGUAGACAUUAGAAAUGUGCUGAGGCAGCUUAUUCUUAUAGACAAUAUAGACAUUAAAAGCGAGAUGCUAGAAAUAUACCAUCUGGUACUUCGAAUUCUGUUCCAAUACAUACAGAUGAGAAAGAGAAAGGAUAUUUUCAAAAGUAAAGAUGUAAUAUAUGAGGUUUUAGACGAUGACUGUGUUGGAAUUAUGGUGCGAAUACUUGAAAAGGAUAAUGUGCCUAGUAAGAUUCGAGUAGAAGUUAUGAACAUUCUAAUUGAAAGUGACAUUCAAACUAUUAACUAUUCCCAUAUUAAUAUAGAUAAUAGCAACUUGGUUCCCUUUAUUCGAUAUGUUGUAAAGAAUCCUGAGCAGAUUAGGUUGUUAGUUGAGAUACUUGAGUCUCUGGAAAUUGAAAUAGGCGAGGAUGGGAACGAGGCAGAAAUGUCUAGUCUUAUCGUGGUAAUGGAUUUCUUAAACAUCAUACUAAAAACAUAUACAGACAAUUCAUCAGAUGGCGUAGAGGGCGUGUCUGUUGAGGGCGAUCUAAGCACAAGAAGUGACGCAGGGAUUGAGAGUGUAUUUACUGACAUGAAUGAGAUGCACAUGAAGCCUACCAUGAGCACUGUGCGCAUGUCUCUAAAUAGCACAGUGUCCAUUGAAAAGUAUAUAGGAAAUAGUAUAGUUGAGGUAUACAACAGCAUAAUACCAAAUUUCUCAAAUCCUCUCGUAAUAUAUACGUAUCUAACUAUUUUCUGCCAGCUGAUUAGUGAUGGCCAGGCUGAUAGUGGAUAUUAUAAAAAUCUGAAUAAUAAAAACAGCCUUUUAAGCCAUAGCACCACUGCGCUUGGCACAAUCCUAAGAACGCUCAGCAUGUAUGUUGUGCAGGAUAGCAUGCUAUAUGCGGAAGUCCCUGCUGUUAAGCUAUACGACCUAAAUAGCCCAUAUAGUGCUAUUUGCACUUCAGAAUUGCACGCAGACAAGAAUAUCCUUCUGGAAUCAAUACAGAUGCUUUUUUCAAUUAUACUGCAGCUGCCUGAACAGAUUAAAAGCGCAAUUAACACUAGCUAUGUUCUAAAUAUCGUGUUUAGGGUGGUAAGUAAGAAUACAGAAAGCAUUCCAAGGAAUGUGCUAGAAUUUAUUCGAGGAUUUUUCAGUGCAUCUAUACUCCAUAAACUAGCUAAUUCUAUUGGUGGCAAUCUUUAUCCGUUUAUUUCCAUUCUUACAAAUAAAGGAGAGCUGGAAACCGUAUAUAACUUAGUUCAAAAUAGCAACAAACUAUAUAAGGGAAUUCUGCAAAAGGACAUUAUAACAGAAGAUGUGUUUUUAGAGUACAAAAACACAAACAUUCUCUACAGUCUAAUUGGUGCAAUGAUUGUGCAAUAUUACACAGAGCACUCAACGCUAAAUAAUCCUGAGAUUAACAAAAAGAUAUCCAUAAUAUACAACCUAGUUCUAUCCAAUAUUAAAAGAUCUCCAAAUAUUUCUUUCCUUAAAGAAAGCAAGGAGUUUGGGUAUUUCUUUAAAAUACUCUGUAUUGUUGGAAAGCCCCUUGAGUUAGACUGCACAGAGCUUCUUAGUACAGUUCUUUCUGUUACUGGAAAUACUGGCGCAAGUGUCAACCAGUGUUUGUCUUCUGUCCUGUAUACUUGUGACAGCCGCAAUAUUGCUGAAUUAUACUACUUUUAUCACUUUAUAUAUAAAGGCAUAAAGGAAAAUACUAAAUUAAUCAUGGGCAAGGAUGCUCCAGAAGAAAAAGAUCUUCUGUGCCUGACAGAAUUGCAUAACCCAUACAGCAGCAAUACCAUUCGGUACUUAGCCCUUUUGGGAUUAAAUGGGCAUGAUGUUAAGAACCCUGGCAGUAAAAAGGCAUAUAUGGACUUGGAUCUUUCUUCUGUUUCUGUAAAUGAAAAAGGUCUUUUUAUAAACCAGAUAUACAGAGCCCUCUUUCUUUCUGGGCAGAUCCAAACGGCAAAUCAUUCAUUCUAUGCACCACAUAGUAUAAUAAAAAAUAGAAAUGAUUCUUUAAGCACCAGCCAAGAGCAGAGCAAGCCUAACGAAUAUCAGCCAGCUGAAUAUGCAUAUGCAGACAUGGCUAUUCGAUCAGCAAUCAAAGCCACACGGGAUACGGGUGUUCCAAAAACUCUUCCCCACACUGUUCUAGCGCUUGGCGAGCCCCGUCUUGUUUCAGCUCUGCUGUAUACUUUAUAUGACAAGGCACCGAACUCUGCAAUUAUUCAGUCCUAUAUUAAAAAAAUGCGGAAAUACACGAAGAAUGACAAUACUAUUUUUUCAAGAGUUCUAUCACACGUUUCCUUAUAG